AUGACGCUCGUCGAGAUGGCUACAAGCCACCCCGAUUUUCAAAUUCCACCUUUGAGCCUUCCCCGGGAGGUUAUCAUGAUGUUCACAGUUUGCUCAGCACAGGGGCUAGUGCAGGCCUCAUUAGCCCAGAGUUUUAUCCCAAAUUUAUUGAUAGGAGAGACAUUCAAGGCACAAUCUUCCGACACCGCAUGGUAUCCCGCCGCCUACGGAUUGACUUCGGGCACAUUCAUGCUUGCGUUUGGCCGCGUGGGCGACAUGAUAGGUCACAAAAAACUUUUUGUGGGAGCAUGGGCGUGGUCUUCUCUGUGGGCUCUUUUGGCAGGCAUCUCUGUGUACAGCGACUCUCAGGUCUUUUUUGAUAUCUGCCGAGCGUUUCAAGGCAUGGGCGCAGCUGCCCUAGUCCCCAGUGCUUUGGCGAUUCUCGGAAGUAUCUACAAGCCAGGGCCUCGGAAAAACCUGGCAUUUUCGCUUUAUGCCUCCGGAGCGCCUAUUGGUUUCACUCUCGGUGCUGUAUUCGCGGGGUUGCUUGCUCAGUUGGCAAGCUGGCCAUGGGCUUUUUACAUCAACGCCAUUGUCUGCUUGAUCUACGCCGGGUUGGCCUUGGUAUUUGUCCCUAAUUUAGGGAAGAGACCAAAUUCGAAGAAAGAGUCCUUUGACUACUUAGGAACUUUUACAAUAGUUUCUGGGCUCAUCCUUCUUAAUUUUGCCUGGAAUCGGGCUCCAGAAUCUGGCUGGAAAAGCGCGCAGUGCAUAUCAACUCUAGUCAUUGGACUACUACUGAUUAUUGCAUUCUUUCCAAUCGAAAAGAGAACGGCGCAUCCUAUUGUCCCGGUUGCAGAAAUCGACGAAAACGCCGCAUGGAUCCUCCUAAUAGAAGGUCUCGCAUGGUCCUCAUUUGGAAUACUUUGUUACUAUUCCAUCAACUUCGCCAUUCGUAUUCGCGGGAAAAGUAUGCUGACUGCUGCUGCAUACCUGGCACCAGUGCCACCUGCUGGUCUCGCCGCCAGUAUCAUGACAUCGAUUCUUCUUUCGAAAGGGUUGAUGAGCCCGCCGGGGAUUCUUGCAUUCUCACUGGUCUGGUUUUGUAUUGGCAACAUUGUCCUUGCAACAAUGCCUGUCGACCAAACAUAUUGGCGUGAUAUCUUCUGGGCCUAUCUUCUUAGCCCAUUUGGCAUGGAUAUGAGCUUCCCUGCUGGCACUCUGAUCCUCAGCGAUCUCCUGCCGGCUGAAAGACAAGGGAUCGCGGCAAGUUUGAUUGCGACUAUUGUUUACUACUCGCAGAGCUUGGGGCUUGGUAUAGCAGGUGUCGUAGAGACAAAUGUUGCCAAGGGUUCUGUAGUUAGGGGCUAUCGCGGUGCCUUGUACCUAGCGAUUGGACUAAGUGGUCUUGGGUUUUUUGUUGCGGUGGCCUUUGUUGUCUUGUCUAGGGUGAGGUCUAGCAGAGAGAAGACUAGAAGUGGAGAGAUCCAAAAUGCUGUUGCGGAUGCCGAAAAUUGA